GUUACGAAGGAAUUCAUAGAAAAAGUGAACGCGAAGUAUCGACGAAAAAUCGGUCCGGUUUCGUGGUCUACCGCGGUGCGAUUUUUGUACGCGCGGAAAUUCGACGUCGCCCGAGCUUUAACACUCUUCGACCAACACGAACAGACAAGACAACGCGAAGGCCUAGUAUGUUUCGACCCCAAGAGUGAACCUUUACGCUCAGAACUGGUCACAGGGAAAUUUACAAUAUUGCCAAAAAGAGAUUCGACAGAUGCCGCCAUAGCUGUGUUCACUGCUCAUAAGCAUUCACCUGUUAAUAGCACGCACCAAAUUACUUUACAGGGUGUAGUCUACCAGUUGGAUUGUGCCUUGCAAAACCCAUUGACCCAAAAAGCUGGUAUAGUCUUUAUAUACGAUAUGUCCAAUUCCAAAUAUUCUAAUUUUGAUUACGAUUUGUCGCAGAAAAUCCUCACUCUUCUAAAGGGUGGUUAUCCCGCCAAAUUAAAGAAGGUGUUGAUCGUUACCGCGCCCCUAUGGUUCAAGGCGCCGUUUAAAAUUCUUCGACUGUUUGUCCGUGAAAAAUUAAGGGAAAGAGUAUACACGGUGUCCGUUGCACAGUUAUCCAGUCACAUACCGAGGGAUUCGUUGCCCACCCAGCUGGGAGGCUCCCUAGUCCUGGACCAUAAUGGUUGGUUGUCGCACUGCGUUCUGUCAAUGACUAGUACAAGGGCCGAGUCGCCUAUUUCACAUUAUGAUGGUAAGACACCGUCGCCCCAAAAACGCACCUCAGCUCCAAGCGACAUUGAUAUUUCAGUAUCGGGCAAUGGCGUCGACAGUUGGGCAGAGGAGGCUAACUUGAAUCCCCCGAGCAGCGCUUCCAGCGGCUUUUCUGACGAUGACUCUCUACACGGAGAUGGAGCCGCUUUGACGGCAAUGCAAUUAGUUGAUUAUAUUAGGGAUAGAGGGCGACCUGGUCUAGUGCAGGAAUACGCCGAAAUCAGGUCUAGACCUCCUGAUGGAACAUUCAACAUAGCUAAAUCCAAAAAUAAUUUGCCCAAAAACAGAUAUACUGAUGUGCUGUGUUACGACCAUAGUCGAGUGAUUCUGUCCGAAUUGGACAAUGACAAAGAUAGUGAUUACAUUCAUGCGAAUUUCGUGGAUGGAUAUAAACAAAAGAAUGCUUUUAUUAAUACGCAAGGACCCCUUCCAAAAACGACGCCCGAUUUUUGGCGAAUGAUUUGGGAACAACAUACUUUAGUUAUUGUGAUGACAACACGAGCAAUGGAAAGGGGCAGGCCGAAAUGUCAUCAGUACUGGGAACCCGAUGUAGGCGCCGAAGUAACUUAUGGUCAAUUUUUGGUUAAAACUGAGGCUAUAGAAACAGAUACUGAAUACACUGUAACUACAAUUAGUCUAACAAAUAAUAAAACUGAAGAAACUCGGGAAGUUUCUCAUUGGCAAUUCACCUCGUGGCCAGAUUACGGAGUUCCGCAUUCGGCAAAAGCAAUGUUAGAGUUCCUAGAAAGAGUAAGGAGAAAACAGGCCAGUAUGGUAGUAGCUUUAGGAGAUACGUGGGCGGGACAUCCUAGGGGCCCUCCAAUCGUUGUGCACUGCAGUGCGGGUAUUGGUAGAACUGGUACAUUCUGUACAUUAGACAUCUGCAUCUCCAGAUUAGAAGACGUUGGAUCGGCAGAUAUAAGGGGUACCGUCGAAAGGAUAAGAUCGCAACGAGCUUAUUCCAUCCAAAUGCCUGACCAGUACAUUUUUUGCCAUUUGGCUCUUAUAGAGUACGCGCAGAUGAAGGGUCAUCUUCAGGCUGCUGACCUCAGUGGUUUCGAUCAACCUGCGGACGAGGAUUCUGACUAA